AUUGCUCCGAUUUUCAGUGGCGAUGUAGCUUUUCCAGAGAAUGCACUACGUUAUAGAGUUCUGUUUAAUCAGUGCGCUCACUCUCAGCUCCUCGUGGUUCUCUUCACCCAAUAUGUGUUCGGCCAUCGGAAUAGGUUGUCCGUUCGAACAGAACCUCACUUGUUUUGGAUCAUGCACGAAUAAGUUGUGGUACGACUGCUCCGAAUACAUGGGAGGUAAAGGCUGCUUGGUGUCGUAUUGUGUGCCAUGUACCGACCCGGUCUACCCGAUCGAUGCUCAGGACUGUCCUUUCGCAUACUCGGAAAAAGAUGAAUGUCCCUCCUUCUGUAUACAUCAAAUCGAGCCAUAUCGGGGCAACCCCUUGGAUGAGGAUAUUUUUGAAGCGGAUGUGGAUGAUGAGCUGUCCUGACCCCCGGGAGCUGAGUCUCAGUCUGAGCUCACUUGAUUUUCCAACGAGAGUUUAGUACCAAAGAAGUACAAAGCUUUUUAUCAUACUUUGUUGGCUAGGACUUACGCGGGACUAGAUUCUACCCGAGGUGAAUGCUUCAAACAAUUGUUCAAUGUAGAAAACGGCUAUGCUUAUGUUGCACAACGACCCCUGAUUCACGGAUAACGGUGGAGGUUUUGCGAUUCGACCUCUUUCGGGAUGGGUCGAAGCACCUUGUUCCAGUUCAUGUACCACCCGACCCUGAUGGGGAUCAUACGCACUCGUACCGCGAGCUGUACAGCAGCCAUUCGCGUUACAUCACCUAUGCAUUUGCAAGAUAGCUACCGCGAAGGAGCGGAGACUGGGAAUGAGGGUCGAGGGCGAGACUCUGAACUAGUUAGUUAAAGCUCAACCCAAUCUAUGGAUUGGGGAAUGAUUCUCUGUGAACCCACGGGACGGGCCGGAGACAGAGAAAGAAAUUAAAUCAUAUCAUAUUUUGUUUA